AUGUCCCACUCGGGACACCAGACAGAGGCGCACAGGCAGAAGAUCCUCGUCACUGGCUGGCGAAAAGCGGGCAAGUCGUCCUGCAUCCAAACCAUCUUCCAGCACCUCCCCGUCAAGGACGUGCCCUAUAUUGGCAUCACUCAGCGCAUCGAGAAGAUUGAUUAUGACACGAUCGUUCCCCUCCAGAUUUGGGACACGCCUUCCAACUUUGACGUCGACCAGCUAACGGACACGCCCCUAGGCGCGUUCUCCACCAUGGUCUUUGUGAUUGACAUGCAGCAAGAUGAGUUCUACCACGAUGCUGUGCGCCAGGCGACGUCGGCGAUCAUGCGCGGAUAUCUCGCCAACCCGAGCAUGAACUUUAGUGUCUUCAUCCACAAGGCCGAGUCACUGUCUGAGGACUACCGCUUGGAAAACUACUCUGAAAUCCAGCGCGCUGUGACCGAGGAACUCGAGGACCUGAGCUAUCCCUCCUUUCAGAAAUACGCACCCAACCUCGACCUCGGCGACGUCAACACGUGCACUUCCAUCUUCAACCAUCUCCAGGCAGAGAUCAAGUACGAGAUGACAUCGGUCCACGACGUUUCCCUUCGCAACGCCUGGAGCCGCGUGAUCCAGGACGUCAUGGAGAUGCUGCCUGCCGUUGAGGCUCUUCUUCUCAACUUUACAGAGACCUCUAGCAUUGACAACUCGUACCUUUUCGAUCUUGCCUCCGGCGUCGUGCUCGCCACGGAUAACCGGCACCGCAACGACGCAACGAUGGAGCAGAUCACAGAGUACCUUGAGCGGUUCUUGCAGAUUCGCGAAAUCUACAAGCCGCUCGUUGCCAAGAACACGUCAAAAGGAGGUGCCGAUUCGCCUGCCCCAAAAGCUGCAAAUGACGAACCCUGGUGGGAGAACGAGGACGCAGAGGCACCAUGGAUGACGCAGACGAGUCGCUUGCUGCCCAACUGCACCCUCGCCCUGUGGCAGUUUACGCCCCAGCUUGUGCUCGUUGGAGACCUGCAUACCGAUACGUGGCAGGCGCGCCGCGGCAUGAUCGAAUACAACCUCACAUUCCUGCGCCAAGGCGUGCGGCGCAUCUUGAUGGAGGUCUAG